UUGUUUACAUUGGAAUUAGCAUUAUUUUUCUCAUUUAACACUGAAAAUGUUCAAUUCUGCUAUUUUCAUGGUGAACCACGCUUAUAAUUUGUCUGUGGUGAGACUCCCUCAUCUCUGCCGAGUUAGCCAAAAAUAUUUUUACGAUCUCCACGCCGUGAACCUUCUCUAUGAUAAACGUUUUCUGCACGGCCUGUAUCGCCACGGCGACAAUCAUAUCUAAAUGGGUAUGUGCCAUUGAUAUAGUUCCUCCAAGAAGAAUUUCAGUUGGAAAUAAACAAUCCGAGAGCAUUUACUACAAGAUAUGGAAUAACAAUAGAUGCUGUAUUGAUUAGAUAUCUUGAUAAUUUGAUGUUUAAUACUUUUGUAACAUACUUCAGUUAUCAUCGACCAAUUGUCACAGUAAUACCGUCAGAGGCAACUUUGAAUAUAACUAUUACGGAAGCCAUUUAUGAAAAUAAUUGAGUUGACGUGAUUUUAACAAAUAUUUGGAUAAAAUUUUGUAUACAAAGAAAAUAAAUGUUUAUUGAAUAAACCAUCUGUCAUCAUUUUCUGGAAAAAAAUCAUAAUAUUGUACUCUUUCAUUAUGUACCAUAUUUUGUUAAUAUUAUAAUCUGGGGGAUUACUCUGUAAGGCGUUUCGCAAGUGAAAAAGGUCGUAAAUGAAAAAAAGCAACUCUGUAAGGUGACAAGCGCAUUGGAAAUUGCGUUUUGCGCACUUAUUUUUACCCCUUCGCAAUGGCAGCACUCUGUAUUGCGUAAACCACUGUCAAAUCUGUGCGUUUAACGUAUUUUUGAUUCGAUAUCAAACUGGCAAACGCAACGGACAAAAAAUGUAAGUUUAUAAGGCAUAUUUGUAGUUUUAAUUAAAAAAUAAAUUAUUUAACAGGGAACAUUCAAAAAAUAAACAGACAAACCCAACACAGUUCGAAACUUUAAUCAAUUUUAUGAAUACACAUUCGGAACUUUCCAAAGGACAACUUAAAACUGUGGACGCGAAAAAUGCAGCAAAUAAUUUGUGGAAAGAGUUGGUAUGUGACCUUAAUGCUGCGGGGCCACCAUCGCGCGAUGUUUUAAAAUGGAAAAAGGUUUGGUCGGAUUAUAAAACCCAUUUAAAAGCAAAAAUGCGGCGGAACAAAGUAAGUAUUUCUGGAACUGGUGGUGGUCCUCCAAGUCAUUGCUCCUUAACACCGUUGGAGGAGCAGGUUAGUGAACUUCUGGCAAUGGAAAUAUCCGUCAGUGGAAUAAGCGGCACCUCAGAAUUUGGUGUAGCACAAUUAACACAACCAAGUGGGUCAGACAUCACAACCGACGAAUUCCGACAGAAUGAACCAACGCCAGUGGAUGAAAUGCCACAUUGUUCACGACAAAGAGUCGCUCCGCAAAAGAAAGAUAGCCUUUUAAAUAAGCAGGUGGAUAACCAAAUCGCUUAUCACAAAGGCUCAUUAAAAGUGUUAUCUGAAAUUAAUGAAAAUCUGAAGAUAAUUUCAAAAUGUAUGAAAAAAAAAACAUAAAAUGGCUAAAAGAAAAUAUAAAUUGGCUGUUGAAAAAUUCGAACACAAAAAAAGGAUUGAUUUGGACAAAACAAAACUAAAAUAUGCAACACUAGAACUAAAAAAGCAAAUGCUUGAAAUUGAACGG